UCAACGCUUCAGGAGAGAAAGUUUCAAGAAAACCACGAAGAGAGAGCACCAAUCACUAUGUUUGACAACGUUUUGGAAAAAAUCACAGCGCGCAGGGUUGCCAUUGCACUUGGUUUGGUCAGUACAAUACUGCUUGUCGUUUUGGUGAUUUUCAUUGUUGAUGAUAUCAAUACAUCGGAGAAAUUGAAAGAAGCUCUAGAGAAGUUGGACGUUUUAGAUGCUUUAAUUAGAGAGACAACUACCACGAGUACUACAACUAGCACUACAACAACAAUUGCUAUACAAAAUAACUAAAUUUUUUGGAAAAAAAUAUCAAAAAAAAAAAAAC